AUGGGUUCUUUGGUUGUCUUGGUAACAGGAGGAAGUGGGUUUCUGGGACAACAUGUAGUCAAACACCUUCAGUUAUAUGGUGACUGGGUGAAGGAGAUCAGAAUAUUAGACCGCUUACCAUUCAAGAAAAAAUUAGCAAGAACAUCUAGAGAGCCUGCUGAGCAAGCUGAUAUUCCUUAUGAUGAAGUCGACUAUGCUGAUUCUAAACCCGUCACCUCUUACACAGGCAAUAUAACAGAUGAAGAGAUAGUCAGUGAAGUCUGCAAUGGUGUGGAUGCUGUCUUACACAUCGCCUCCAUCAUCGAUACAACCAUGUUCCCAAACAAAGAACGUCUUCAUGAAGUUAAUGUUAAAGGAACCCAAACAAUGCUGACUGCAUGUAAGAAACAUAACAUUGGGAUAUUUAUCUACUGCAGUUCAAUAGCUGUACUACAAGGUUUUGAAGAUGUCCAGGCUGGCACUGAAACAACGGUUUCUGUCCCCUCAUCACUCAUGUUCCCAAGUUAUGGUUCAACAAAAUAUUUAGCACAGAAUACAGUACUUAAUGAUAAUGGUUUCCAGUUGAAAAAUGGUAAAAAGAUGAAGACGCUAGCAAUCCUUCCAUUAACUAUGUAUUGUGAACUUGACAGCAAUUUAACACCUUUGAUGAAGUCAAUCAAAAACAAGACAUUUCCUCGUAUUGGACCAAUGAAAGCCUAUGCCCAGUUUGCAUAUGUGGGUAAUGUAGCCAUGAUGUUUGUAAGAGCGUUAGAAAGAUUGGUAAAAAAUCCUGAAUUGGGCGGGCAAUAUUUUUUUGGUGCGGACGACACCCCAGCCAAUCCAAUGACAGGAUUUCUACAGCCUUUUCUGGGAUGUCUUAAUUCUAAAAUAUCAUCAUGUCAUCUGCCUUAUUGGUUAAUGUACAUUUGCUUGACUCUUCUUUAUGUGAUCUUGUUGGUUCUUAGACCUAUCAAAAAGUUAAAUGUUCCCAUGACAACCAAGUCUUUAGCUUUCAACAACACAACCUUUUAUGUGACUUAUGAUAAGGCUAAAACCUUACUUGGUUAUAAACCUUUGUAUGAUUAUGAAAGCUCUCUGGAAAAUGCAAUUAAAUUUUAUUCAAAUGUAUAAAAAUUAUCAAUCAGAAAUGAGGGUAUAGAUUGUGUUCGAGGAAAAGAAAAUUAGGGGUUGGGAACAGAAAUGUGUUUUAAAAAAAAAAAUAGGGAAUAUUUUUAAAAACAAAAAACAAAGUAGAAAAAAAGUUUUUAAAAAUAAUAAAAAAAUAUAGAAAUGUAGAUUCUCACCAGACCCUCUGUUAUAUCCUAAAUGAUUAUCUAAUGGUUAUAAACUCCAUUAUAUGGAUAAGUCUUAAACUUUCAAAAAGUGCUAUUUUAAUAGCAUAUAAUGUCUUUAAAGAUCUGUUUUAUGUAAUGCUAUUUUAGCAAUUAACAUUAUUUUUAGUUUUAUCAAAAUAAGUUCAACAUAUUUACGCACUUAAUCACAACUGCUUUGUUUUUGUCUAUAGAACAAACACACAACACUUUUGACAAAGACCUAUGCCUCAAUUAUACUUGUCACUAAAGUUUA